AUGGAGGACACGUGCUUGUCCUUCUCUCCGCAGAGCAACAGGCGCACUCCCGAUGGCUCCCCGGGCCUCCCGGGCCUUCCGGGGAGAGAGCAGGGCUCUGGCCCAAGCUCUUUCUUAAGAUGUGAGGAACUCAAGUCCUCUCACCUCGGGCCCCUCCAGCACCGCCUCUACACCGCGGCCAUGGCGGACUUUACGCACGGAGCCCAGACCGCGUCCCCGGGAAAACACGGCAAGUUUCUGGACAGUAUGAGCCCAGAUCAAAAGGGGACCGUGAUCAGUGGGAAAGCAGGAUUUUAUGACUCAAGCUCGGAUGACAGAGAGAAGGGAGCCCUCAAACCCAUGGUGUACCCAGGGAUCAGCUCAGACUGCUGUGCAAAGAUGAAAGAGGCCAUGAUCCAGGGAGACUCCAUCGCAGACUCCAUCGACCUGUCGGGCAAGAACAAAAAGCGCCGCAAUCGCACCACAUUUAGCACCUUUCAGCUUGAGGAGCUGGAGAAAGUGUUCCAGAAAACACACUAUCCAGACGUGUACGCUCGAGAGCAGCUGGCCCUCCGCACAGAGCUGACCGAGGCGCGGGUCCAGGGAGCUGUUGGUGAACUCUUUAUUGCCAUUGUCUGGUUUCAGAACCGUAGAGCAAAGUGGAGGAAACGCGAGCGCUACGGCAAGAUCCAAGAGGUCCGCAACCACUUUGCAGCAACCUACGACUUAUCUCUGCUGCCUCGCCACGAUACUUAUCAGAUGCAAGGAAAUCUCUGGACCGGUGCGACUUCAGCCGGAGGAGGUGGUCCAGCCGCUGGUUGUGUCCUGGGACCUGACCCUUCAUCCUGCAUGAGCCCGUACCCUCAUCCGCACAGUAACCUGCAGAGCUUCAUGGCCAUGCCCCCCUCGCCCGCUCACUCCCACCACCACCACCACCACCACCCUUCACACCACCACCACCCGGGCAUCAACGGCAUCAACGGCCUCUACUCGCUCCACAGCUUCUCCGGGGGACUGGCCUCAUCCUCCAUCGAUGCCCCAGAGUCGGAGUACAAGCCCACCAGCCUGGUUGCCCUCCGGAUGAAAGCCAAAGAGCCAGGCAGCAUUCUGUCCUGGCCCACAUGA